UCUGUUUUUGUAUUUGUUUAUUAAUAACUUUGCGAUAACCAGUCGGCAUAUGCCUUAACUUAGGUCAAGGAAGAAUGACUUCAAGAUUUUUUGAGAAUCCAUACGAAGACUACGACGAAUCAAAACAUGGAACGUUAGAGACAGAUAUCUUUAACAGAAAUACUGCUAUUCAACUAGUUCAAAGUUAUGUUGAUAAGAUAUUGAUAGGUACAAAAAAGAGCCAGUAUAAGCUCAGGGAUGACUUGUACGUUGGCGAAGCCGGAAUCGCUUUCAUGUUUUGGAAAUUAAGCCGAUCAGAUGAUUUUAGGCAUUUGUAUCCAUGCUUAGAACAUGCUUCUUUUUAUAUCCAGAGAGCCAAGGAAAUCUCUCAAGCGAAAAGAGAUCCGAGUAGUGACACCGCACGAAUAGCUUUUUUAUGCGGGAAUUCUGGAAUAACCGCGAUUUCGGCUGCAAUUUUAAAUGAUAUCGGAAAAGCAAAUGAAGCUUCGUGCGAUAUUGCCUCGUUUCUUACAGGUCACACCAUUUGCAUUUCGAGCUAUGAUGCUGAUGAGGUAUUAGUUGGCAGAGCAGGAUAUUUAAGUGGUGCAUAUUGGUUGAACCAGGUUCUUCAGUCGAAACCGAUUAAAAAUAAUAUAAUCGAAGAUGUGUGUAAUAAACUUAUACAACGCGGCCGUGAGUAUUCCCGUUCGAAGCGUAGUCCACUUCCAUUGAUGUACGAGUAUCAUGAUAGCGAUUACUUGGGCGCAGCGCACGGUUUAUGCUCAGUUUUACAUAUGUUGCUGGAAUCUCCGUGGUUUGUUGAAACACAAGGAACAUUUAAUAACAUAUCAGCCACAAAGCUGCAUGAUAUACAAAAUUCAAUAGAAUACCUUCUGACGAUGCAGGAUGAAGAUGGCAACUUUCCGACCAGAUUACUUAACUCCAACAAAAAGUUGAUCCACUGGUGUCACGGUUGUGCAGGUGUGAUCUAUGUGUUGGCAAAGGCCUAUCUUCUUUUCAAAGAUGAUAAAUACUUAAGAGGAUGUCGAAAAUGCACCGAAGCUAUAUGGCGCCAAGGACUAUUGCGUAAAGGGCCCGGUAUUUGCCAUGGAGUAGCAGGAAAUGGGUAUGCUUUUUUGCUCAUGUACCGAUUGACACAAGAGAAAAAAUACUUGUAUAGAGCUGCAAAAUUUAUGGAAUUCCUUACGACGGACCAAUUCGUAGAAGAAGCACGUUCACCGGAUCGUCCAUUUAGUUUAUAUGAAGGAUUCGCGGGUACAGUUUGCUUUUUGGUAGAUAUAAUGAAUCCAAGAUCCGCAUAUUUUCCCUUUAUGGACGUUUUUGAUGUAAAAUUCAAUUCAACUUAAAAUAAAAUAUUUACAUUACAUGA